AUAAUAGAUAUAACAGUGAAAUUUUCAAGCUAAUCAUCUUUGAUAAUUUUUAAAUUCUGCUGUUCAGUUUAUUCAGAUCCUUUUCCUGCUCUUUAAUAAAUUUCUAAAGAAAUUAUUAUUUUUCUUUAUUAAUAAUGGUUCAUUUUUAUUUAUCCGGUGUUACAAUAUGGGCACUAAUAAUUAUUAUUAAAUUAAACGUGUCACUAGUGACAUCAAAAUUAGUUUCAAUUCAACAAGGCGACCCGUCUGAAUGGCGGCAGUAUGGAGAAAAAGCCAAUUUCGAUAAAUUUAAUAGCGUAUACGCAGUAAAUGUUGAUGAAGAACUGUUACGUAUGUACGCAUACUGUUCCGGUAAAUGUGAUGGACUUGAAUCAUGGCAACAAUCUUUUAUUCCAAGGUUUCUACGUUAUCCAAAUUCUUGUAGAGGUAUAAUUCAUAGCUGCUGGUUACAAAAAGAAUCCGAAAGACGGAAAGCGGCUGAAAACCGUAUAUACGAGGUGCUUAAGAAGUAUGCAGGGUAUGUAGCCUAUCUACCCGAGAAUCAUCGUAAACUGACAAGGGAAUUAAUAGAAGCAAAGGAAAAUCGGGAUCAUACUGGUAACGAUUGCACAUGUGUGUGCGAACGUACGCAUAAUGAUGAGGUUGAUCUGCGUGGUGAAUUAGUUGAUUCCAUUUGUUAUGAUCCAGUUUCAGUGGAUAAUGGAUAUGUUGCAACUGGCGUGCGAUUUAAGCGACAUGGUAACAUAAUUUACCUUGAACUUCAACAAGGUAUACUAUCAGGUGGACGAAUUGAUCCUAACACUUUAGUGUGGAAAAUAUCUGACAAAUGUAGUUCAGCAAAAAAGGUUAUUUAUGAGUGGAGAAGUGACAAUACUCACGUUGGUCUAGAAAUCAUAUUAGAAGAUAUGAUAUUGCCAGAGAAUGCAGUCGUAACAGGUAUUACAUUCGGUCAAUCAUUGCGCGGGCGUUAUCUUAACGAUAAUGGCGAUUUUAAUGAUGAUGCAGAUAACAUUGUAAAGGAAAGUCAAUGUCCCAAUAAGAGUGUGCCUGACUUAAUGACAAAUUGUGGGAGUACUUUGUUACCUACGUCUUUGGUAGGAGAAAAUAAAGAACUCAGUAAAUCAUGCGAAAAUAAAAUUAAAUUUUGCGCAUCUGAUGAGGGUACUACUGGUUAUUUUCAACAUACUGUUCCGUACAUCGAUUUACGAGAAAUCGUUACCGAUCAAAGUUCACCAGCACCUCUUAGCGGAAUUGGUUGGUAUUAUCGCGGUCAUCCUGGCUAUGGAGGAUUUUUGACUCUUAAGGUUUUCAUAAGAAAGUAGAUUUUGUUAAAAUAAAUAUGUUUCUUCACUUAAAAACAGUAAAAUAAAUAAAUUUGAAUCAACUGAAAAGAAAAGAA